AUGUUAGCCAUCAGAACUAAGCCGCCCCAUGAGAUUCUCUCUGGCCUCCGAGGCCAGCAGGUUCUUAUCCCAGAGUUGCGGUCCUUCUUUCCUACGGCUGGCACCGCAAACCCUAAUCACGCAAAGCUUAUCCCAUCAACAAAUGAUUUCAUAGACAGUCUGUUCCCAGGAAAUCCCAAGAAAGCCGAAAAGGUCAAAUCGACUGACCUGGCGUUGCUGGCUUGUCUGUGGUGGCCCCAUGCGGAGUUCAGAACCCUGCAGGUUCUCGCAUUCCUCAUAAUAUGGCUGCUUAUGUGGGAUGAUGAGCUAGAUCAAGUUUCAGAGUCUCUGUCGCUGGGAGGAGACUUCACGGCAAGUCAAAGAUUCCGGGACCAGACGUUGCGGUACAUGAGAAGGAGUCUAGGAAUGGAUGGGGAUGAGAAGAGAAGCGGUUCUCCAGAAGAGUUUGAGAACCAUUUCUUGGAUAGAUUUGAGCCAGUCGCUCAGUUCAUUCGAGAGGAAUAUGACCCAGCUCAUAGAGAGAUCAUUUUGGAGGAAAUGGAGUUCACCAUUGAGAUGUCAUGUCUGGAACAACAAUACCGCACCCAGGAGCGACUGCCGACUAUCGAUGAGUAUUGGACCUAUCGACUUGGCACAAACCUCAUGGGAGUGGCUGAGUAUGGACACAAGGCUCUCUCGUUCCACGCUCUUGCACCCAUUUAUGAAGGAUAUCUGUCUUCAAACCAAUCGAGUGAUCGCCAUGAAAAAGGAGAAGUGUGCAGUCUAAUUCCUCUCCUAUACAAGUCCAACGACUCCCUUCAAGAGGUCGUCGACAUGGCUGUUCAUCUGCUCAAAGAUGCCAUCGACGACCUGGACCAGUAUGACUCAGGUCUAGCGAUGCAUCUCGGCGAUAGAUCCUGUGAAGCUUUCUUACAGUCUUGUUAUGACUACUGUACUGGGUUCCUUCAUUGGAGUCUUACAACCACCCGGUAUAACCUUGAAUCUGUACCAAGGGACGAAAAUGGUUCAAUGUUGCUGUCAUUGAAAGUAUAA